AUGGAGGCGCUGUUUGAGAGCAUCACUCCACAGUGCACAUUCAUGAAGAAAUUGCAGAUGGAAGCUAUAAACGCUUCUGAGGAGGAGCCUGUGGCUGAGUACAGCCCAGACAACGUGGCUGGAGCAGAUGGCAGCAUUGACCCCACUGAGAUCACCUUUCCAGGAUGUUCUUGUCGCAGCAGCUCCUGCGUGGCUCAGGUGUGCUCCUGUCUUGCCCAUGGUGAGAACUACAGCAGCUUGUGCCUCAGGCCUACAGGCACAGAGCAGGGGUACUCCCGGCCCGUCUUCGAGUGCAACACCCUGUGCCAGUGUCAGGACUCCUGUCAGAACAGGGUUGUGCAGAGGGGCCUGCAGUUCAGGCUGGAGGUUUUCCAGACUGAGAAGAAAGGGUGGGGUCUUCGUACUCUGGAAUUCAUAGCUCAAGGAAGAUUUGUUUGUGAGUAUGCUGGUGAAGUUCUAGGCUUUCAGGAGGCACGGAGAAGAACUCAGGCCCAGACACCACAGGAUUCCAACUACAUCAUAGCAGUGAGGGAGCACCUGCACAGUGGUGAGAUAAUGGAGACAUUUGUUGACCCAACCUACAUUGGUAACGUGGGCAGGUUCCUGAAUCAUUCUUGUGAGCCAAAUUUAUUUAUGGUGCCAGUUCGAGUUGACUCAAUGGUGCCUAAACUGGCACUUUUUGCAGCCACUGAUAUUUCUGCUGGAGAGGAACUGUCAUUUGAUUAUUCUGGAAGAUUCCAUAAUUUACCAAUAAGUAACAGAGAACAAAACUCUUCAGAGGAAGAUAGCAGACUGAGAAAACCUUGCUACUGUGGUUCCCCCACAUGUGCUUCCUUCUUACCUUGGGACAGCUCCCUCUUUUCCUCACUGGACACUUGCUCAGGGAGCUCUCUAUAG